CAUCUCUCACCGACGGUGAAAAAAGUUUGGGUCUUGUGGUAUCGUCUUUGCCUGCGGACCUGUACGGGACCCAUCACAGUCACUACUUCUGUCUUGGCGACGCUACCUUGCUAUCAAAAUGACUUCUGGGCAGACGAGUAUGCCGGGAAAGGAAGAGGACGAAGAAGAAUGGAUCUUUACUUUGCGGAUUCCUUCGUCCUCCGCCAAGGAUGCUGCUGGCGGGGUCUACGAACUUAGUCAAUCCCAGCCGCCACCGACCUUAUCUACUCACGCUAGCAGUAGUGGUAGCUUCAUGAACACCAACAAUAGCAAUGAUUCUGUUUCUGUAGACGAAACGGCUGAGCAAGAAGCCCUCUUGGUUGCGGGGGCUGCAACACAGCAGAUAAUUCGACCGCCUUCUCAGCACUCAUCCGCGAACCGUAACACCGACUGCGCUACCGAUAUCCCGUCUGGUUGGACUUGGCAAAGCCCUUAUUGGAGUUUGCAGUCUGAUGUUGUCCUGCAAGCGACUUACCCCUGUUUGCCGGUCAUUCCAGAUGCAUUGCAGAAAGCCUGGGAGGGCCACGUCCAUAAUAUGCGCCAGGCCCACGAUUCCAACCUUAGCAACAAAAAUUCCUCCUCUCACACCGCAAGCAAGUCAGAUACGGUCGCCGGUCCUACUAUAAUCUUUUGUUUGCCUACCAAACAAGUUGAUCCCCCUUUAUUAUGGAAGGUAGAAUUUGGUGGUGCUAGCAAUAUGUCACAAACGCCUAUUGCUCUGGAAAAUCUGACUGUUUUGGACGGGCAACUGCAGCAAUUUAGGAACACCGUUCCCUCACCCACACAUAUUUACAUUCACGGAUAUCAGUCUUGGUCUUUUGCCGGUUCUAUUGUGAAAGGGCAAGAUCAACCGCAGUCGGCCAUGCCCGACUUUUUAAGUCGGGCCUUCAAUUAUGGCGGUUCGCCUCCACCCGUCUCCGACGAUGUUCUUACGUACGUGCCACCCUUGUCGCAUAAUCAUAUUCAUCGCGACAACGACGGCGAUGCCUACACGGGCCCGCAAUCCUGGAAAACACAUUACCAGUCCGACUUUUUUACUUGCGUCACGUCCGAUGGAACGAUUCCGUCGUUUUGGACAUCACGUCGCGAAAAGCAAUUUCCUUUUCAAGCUUUGGACGAGACAGGUGGACCCGGACUAGUAUUGGGGUGGCUGUCACAACGCGAACAGUACGGCGUCAUUAUGGCCGAUGUGGAUUUAAGGCGGUAUGCCAUGCACGUUUCCGGGCACGGACAAAUAAUUUGGGGCCGUGGCUCUGGUUCGACAACCACAAAUACCAUUGCUCUAGAGACUGAUUGGGCCUAUGCACAACUGAUCGCCCCACAUUCAUACGACGAAGAACCCAUGGUGCACUACCUCGAAGCAGCAGCGGGUUACAAUCAAGCCCGACCGCUCCGCAACGGCUCGUUACUCACCGGGUGGUGCUCAUGGUACCAUUUUUACGAAAAUAUUACGGCCGCUUGGGGCGACUGGGAUUCAGUCAAACCCGGUGCCUUUCCGCAAGGCAUGGCGGCUGUCGCUCGUGAUAUUGUUGCACAAGGUGGUAUGCGCGCCGGAUUGUGGUUGGCCCCGUACGCAGCCGACAAGCACUCUCGUUUGGUAAAAACCCAUCCCGAUUGGAUUAUUCGCAACGACUCUGGUAUUCCGGCAAAUUCAUCCAAUUGUGGAAAGUUUUUUUACGGACUGGACGCCACCAAUCCAGCUGUCCGGACCUAUGUGUACGAAUGCAUCCGACGUGCGGUACACAGUUGGGGUUUCGACGUCCUUAAGAUUGACUUCCUUUACGCCGCUUGUCUGGAAGGCAACGGUAAGCACGAUUUGUCGCUGAGCCGGGCGCAGACGAUGGAUCUCGCCAUGCAAGCCAUUCGAGAUGCUGCAGGUCCCAAUGUGUUUUUGAUAGGCUGUGGUUGCCCAGUUGGAUCUGGUAUCGGCUACGUGGAUGGCAUGCGGGUUUCAGCUGAUACAGGUCCAACUUGGUAUCCCGCUUUACCGCUUCCGUGGUGGGAUCAUGGGACUCUACCUUGUUUGCGGUCAAUGGUCCGUAACAGUAUGAGCCGAGCACCGUUGGGACAUCGAUGGUGGCACAACGAUCCGGAUUGCUUGCUAUUGGGUGAAAGCACCCGCCUUACGGACGAAGAAGUAGCGAGUGCGGCCUCGGUUGUGGCCAUGACGUGCGGUAUGAUGCUUCUUUCAGAUGAUUUGACCAAGGUCAGCGUGGCGCGGACCAAUAUUUUGACCAAAAUUUUCCCCAUGACUGGUGUUACGGCCGUUGUCUUAGAUUUGCACAGUGCGAGUGACGGCUUGCCAAGUUUAUUGCGACUCUGGUGUACGGACAAGUACGACUUGUUGGAUUCGUUUCGUGAGCGUAUGGUGGUGAGCGCGCAAGACCACAAUGCGGAAGCGACUUACUUUGCGCGGCAGUCGUCAUCGUAUCAUCCUGAUAAGGACCAACAGCAUCCGAUCGAACGCCAACGUAGCUGUAUUCACGUGACAAAAGGUCUGGGAACGUGGACGGUUGUUUCGGUCAGUAAUUGGUCCGAUCGGACCGCUGUGGUUAACUUACCUCCUCCUGCUUUGUUACCUCCGCCCAUGACUGGAUGGGAGCAAGGCGAUGAGGAGCCAGAAUCAUUUUUGCAGACUCCUGAAGAAGUUGACUGUGAGCAGCACGGUUGCCACGCCUUUGGAUUCUGGUCGUCCAAGUACACUUGGUUGCCCAACCAAAAAUACAACGACAAUGGGCAAGGCCCGGAACGAAUUCUUCGUCGAAAGCUAGUUGCUCACGAGACGGAAAUCUAUCAUAUUAAAGCCGUAACACCUGACGCAGCGCAAUACGUUGGCAGUGAUUUGCACUUUUCCUGCGGACACGAGGUCCUGUACUUUCGGGCACAGAAGAAUCAAGUCAGUGUCACUCUCAAAACGAAAUACCAUCGUGUCGGGCACAUUUUCCUUUUCCUCCCCUGUAUUAAUACGAAUUCUGUCAAAGUGACUGUCAACGGAGAAGCUGGGCGAUGGCAUGCGGUAGGAAAUGUACCGAACGGGCACGACAACGGACAUGCCCAACUGAUUGGACGAGUCUUCCGGGUGGCGGUCGUCGUGCACGCCAAUGGCCGUCCACAAGAUGGACAAGUCAAGGUUGAGUUUUAA